AUAUCAUCACCGAAUAGAGGAGGUGGCGAAACAAAUCUUGAUUUAGGAACUCUGAAUCGAACCUUCUCUCUGUUUAUGUCUCUCUCCACUCUGUAAGCAAUAGCAUUAAGCAUAUACCUUACCUUACCUUACCUUACACAGUUACACUUUCCUUUUAUUUUCCUCCUUCCUUUUUGACUUUCUUCCCUAUUUGCUAUUUCUAGUUUUCUACUCAUACACAACUACUUACGGGAUCUCAUUUCCCAUGAACUUCACUCUAUCCCACCCCACUUUCUUUCUCAAUUGCUAGACUAGACUAGACUACACUAGAUCCAUUGUUUUCCUCUUCUUUUUCUACUUUUACUUACUGAAGCUGUAAGAGUUUGAGAAUCAAUCAUUAUGCGUACUCCGUCAUUAUUGGCACAAUGCUUGCCAGGAUUAGUGCCUCAUGAUCGAGGAAGUCGGAGUAUCUCUGCUGUUUCAGAUAGAGAUGCACACUUUACUCCACCGGCUGUCGAAAUUGUCCCUUCAAAGGUGGUGCAGACUUCUAAGUAUGAAGCAGAGCAAGCUAAUGGGCAAGGGCUCCAUGAAUUCAAGGGAAAGAUUAAUGUUGCAGAUAUUGUUGGCUUCAGUGGGCUGGAGACUAUAUGCCCUAAAACAAAUGCAUUACUAAAAUCGUGGGAUAGUUCUAUCGAUGUUGUGAAUGUCCUAAAACAUGAGAUCCGUGAUGGACAGUUAAGCUUCCGGGGAAAACGAGUACUUGAGCUUUCAUGCAGCUAUGGACUUCCUGGUAUCUUUGCAUGCUUGAAGGGUGCCAGUACUGUGCAUUUUCAAGAGUUAAAUGCAGAAACUAUAAGAUGUGCAACGAUACCCAAUGUGUUAGCUAAUUUGGAGCAUGCUCGAGAGAGGCAAAGCCGCCAACCCGAAGGCCCUCUGACUCCAUCUAGGCAACCCUUGGCUCCAGCUGUGCAUUUUUAUGCUGGGGACUGGGAAGAGCUACCCACAGUUUUAUCUGUUAUGCGUAAUGAGGUUUUCGAAGCCACACCUGGGAUGAGUAUGUGCUUUUCAGAAGACGAUUUAAAUGAUGGAUGCAGUAGCCAAGAUGGCAGCAUAACUGGCCAGGAGUCCUCUGCUAAGCCUAGACGUUCUCGAAAGCUUUCGGGAAGCCGUGCUUGGGAAAGGGCUAGUGAGGCAGAUCAUGCGGAAGGUGGUUAUGAUGUCAUUUUGAUGACCGAGAUUCCUGGCUCAGUUACCUCUUUAAAGAAACUAUAUGCAUUGAUAAAGAAGUGUCUUAGGCCUCCCUAUGGAGUACUAUAUUUAGCAACAAAGAAGAACUAUGUUGGCUUCCACAGCGGAUCUCGACAUUUGAGAAGUAUAUUAGAUGAAGAAAACACUUUUGGAGUUCAUUUAGUGAACGAGAUAGCUGAUAGAGAGAUCUGGAAGCUUUUCCACAAAUGAUUACAUAAUACUCGUUCUAAGAUUUGAGCUACAAUUUACCCGAUUCUCAUCAGGCGCUUGUAUCUGUAUAAUAUGUGCGGCAAAUAUUGUUCCUUGUAUUAUUAUUCUUAGUGAUAAAGUGUACCUCCCCGUAAUUAGGUCUAAUUUUAAAAACAUAUUUUAAAAGAAAACAUAAACGAAAUUCAAAUUAUUGGAGUGUUAUCGCUACAUCUAUUCCCAAUAAGGAAUAAAUGUAAGGCUAAACAAAUAUAUAUUUAUUUUAUACAAUUUAAGAAUUAAAUAAUUCUACAAUGAAAGUGAAAUUAACUAAGACAUGAGAGUUAUAAAACCAAUUUCUAGGUGAAUUUCACUUCAUGUACUCCACACGAUUAAUAACUUGCAAAAUAAAAAUGCAAGAAAAACGAGGGAAAAACUUUCAA